CAGAAAGAUAAGGCCAAAAUUGAUUUUCAUAUUGACUAAUUAAAGGUAAAUGGUGAUCACACCAAUCACCAUCAAGAUAAGAAAAAGGACACUCAUUAUUAGUGCAUCAAACAGUAGCUUAGGAUAGAAAGAUAAUAAAAAGCAUUGAACAAAGAAACUUUAGAAAAUAAAUUGUUGUGAGAGUAUGGAAAAUUACUAUGAUUCUUGUGAGUGGCAACAUUUGAGCACAAAGUUUCCUCUUCCUCCUGUGACUGUGAGUGUACCUCAUAAUAAUAAUAAUAAUAAUAAUAAUAAUAAUAUCUCUGACUCAUCCUCUGCAUCUUUUCAAUAUGAUGAGUUAAUUCAUUCAUGGAAUUUACCUAUUGAAGGGACUGCUGAAGAUAGAGCAGCAACUGCUUCCAAGAGUCACAGUCAAGCUGAGAAAAGACGUAGAGACAGAAUUAAUACUCAACUUGCUAAUCUUAGAAAACUUAUUCCUAAGUCUGAUAAGAUGGACAAGGCAGCUUUACUAGGAAGUGUAAUAGAUCAUGUAAAAGAUCUAAAGAGAAAAGCAAUGGAUAUUAGCAGAGUCAUCACAGUUCCAACUGAAAUAGAUGAAGUAUCAAUUGACUACAACCAUGUUGAAGAUGAAAUAUGCACUAACAAAAUGAACAAAUUCAAAGACAAUAAUAAUAUAGUCAUCAAAGCUUCAGUUUGUUGCGACGAUCGACCGGAACUGUUCACUGAACUAAUCCAAGUCCUCAAAGGUUUGAGACUCACAGCAGUUAAAGCUGACAUAGCAAGUGUUGGUGGAAGGAUCAAAAGCAUAUUGGUUCUUUGUUCUAAAGAUAGUGAAGAAAAUGUUUGCAUUAAUACUCUUAAACAGUCUCUUAAAUCAGCUGUCUCCAAAAUUGCUUCAUCAUCAUCAAUCAGUUCUAAUUGUCCUACAAGAAGUAAGAGGCAGAGGUUCUUUUUGCCUUCUCAUUUCAUAUAGUAAUUUAUUUCAUGCAAAAAAUCAUUUUCUCUUCACCACUUUUUUUUUUUUAAUUAGGAGGAUUAUUUAUUUUUGUUGGGGCAAUUCUUUGCUUCAUUUUUCAAUAUUUAUGAUAUUAUAUACCUUUCAGAUAUAUAGUUUGUCUAUUAGGGAGCUGAAAUUUUGAUUUUGUAUCACCAAUUAAGGCAAAAGGAAAGUUAAAGUGCGAAAUUGAAAGCAAACUAAAGCAUAUGCAAAAAGUAGAGAAAUUAGGUGUGUGAUCACUUACUGCUUCUAAAUGGAAAAGUAGCCAGGAGAAUUAAUUCAGAUCUCAAUUAAUCGACUAGAUUAUUUGAUAAGCAAAAUAGUGAAUCACUUAUUAAGAGGUAUUUAGUUGAGGAAAGAGCUACUUUAGUUAAUGAAAGUGAGGCAGUUUUGCAUUAGUUUCCAAAAGUAAGGGAACAAAAAAAUAAUUAUUGGUGAAUGUGUAUUUUUUAUCCAUCAAAUUAGUCCUUACCAUUA